AGGAAGGGGGCGGUGCUCCGGCCCCGGGCUCUGCCGCCACCGCCGCCGCCAGCGCCGCCACUCCCGGAGCGGAGGCUGUUCGGGAGGAGGCGGCGAGGUGAGGCUGCCACUUUCUUUAACAGUGAACUACCUCUUACAAAAUAAAGAAAUGGAUGGGAUGGAUGAAACAUCUAAAAGAAUCUUAGAGCCAUACCAGUAUUUACUUCAACUACCAGGUAAGCAAGUGAGAACCAAACUGUCACAGGCCUUUAAUCACUGGCUGAAUGUUCCGGAAGAUAAAAUACAGGUUAUCAUUGAAGUGACAGAGAUGUUGCACAAUGCAAGCCUACUUGUGGAUGAUAUUGAAGAUAACUCAAAGCUACGACGGGGCUUUCCAGUGGCACACAGUAUCUAUGGAAUUCCAUCUGUAAUCAACUGUGCUAAUUAUGUGUAUUUUCUUGGCUUGGAGAAGGUUUUAACCCUCGAUCAUCCAGAUGCUGUUAAAGUUUUUACCCGCCAACUUUUGGAACUCCAUAAAGGUCAAGGCUUGGACAUUUACUGGAGGGAUACUUACACCUGUCCUACAGAGGCUGAAUAUAAAGCUAUGGUACUGCAAAAGACAGGUGGUCUCUUUGGAUUAGCUGUAGGCCUCAUGCAGCUGUUCUCAAAUUAUAAAAAAGACUUAAAGCCACUUCUUAACACACUUGGUCUCUUCUUCCAAAUAAGAGAUGAUUAUGCCAACUUGCACUCCAAAGAAUAUAGUGAGAACAAGAGUUUUUGUGAAGACUUAACUGAGGGCAAGUUCUCAUUCCCAACCAUUCAUGCAAUUUGGUCAAGACCUGAAAGUACUCAGGUGCAAAACAUCUUACGUCAAAGGACAGAGAACAUAGAUAUAAAAAAAUACUGUGUGCAUUACCUUGAAAAUGUUGGUUCCUUUGAGUACACUCGGAAUACAUUGAAAGAGCUUGAAUCUGAAGCUUAUAAACAAAUUGAAUCACUUGGGGGAAACCCUGAGCUUGUAGCACUAGUUGAACAGCUGAGCAAAAUGUUCAAAGAAACUGAAAAUUAAAAAUGUAACUUCUGGGUGUGGGUGAAAACUCUUUUUAAAAUGGAAAGGUAACCAGACUGAGAGAUGUGAUAAUCACUCUCAUGUAAAACUUUCUCUUGUAGCUAUGUUAACAGAAAUUACUGUUAAAAACAACUUGUCACUGAGUAUUGAAAUAUAUACCCUAUUAUCUCUAAAGUCUUAACUGUAACUGCUUACAGUCGGCUUUGUUAAAGCAGAUGUACUAGAACUGAAACAAGUUUUGAAUCUAAAUGUGAUCAUGUUUACACAAUCAUAGGCAUUAUUUCAUGCCUAAAACUCUUGUGUCUCUAACCAGGCUAUCAUAGGCUUCUGGUUGAAAUUCUGUGUUUAAAUCAUAUUGACGUAUGUGUAUUGUGCAUUUUCAAAAGAUGCUCUGGUAAACCAAAAUGUAUGUUAAAUAACAAAAGAAGAUACUUGCAACCACAAUGGACAUAAAAUCGUUGUGUGAUACUUCUAAGUUAGACUUGUGAAGAUCAGAUGGAUCAGCUUACUAAGUUCUAAGGUGAAUAUCCUAGCCAGCUUCUGGGGAUAUUUUCAGGGGAAUGUGAAUUAUGAAAGAUAGCAUUUUAUAUGCAAAUAAGACAUGUUUAGUCUGAAAUUGUGACUUUGUAAAGAUUUUGAAGUACCCUAGAGAAAAAAUUCCAUCACAUCAGCAAAGUGAAAAUUCACGGCUGAUUCCAGCUUUUCAGUGAAUAAUUUUGAUCACCUGGUUUUAGAUCUUGAAACUGUCAAACAUUUUGUAGCCAGGAACUUAAAUCUAUGCAUUAGAGCCCAUACAUGUAACUGUAAAUAGCAACACAGUAAGUUGUUACUACAAGUGGAAAGGGCUUCACAUCAGGUAACUUUAGGACACUGUAAUUGGUGCAGGUCUCUUUAAUCAUUGCUUAUAAUUGAGGUGCUUCUCCAAGAGUUUAUUCAUAAUUCAUAUUUCAUUCCUGUUCUGAAUUGCUGUCUGGGGGCAUGUUAUAGAUCUCUCCAAAGAUACAAGAUCUGUAAUUUUUUGCUAUAGCAGAGUACAGUAUCUUGUUCUACAAGCUACACUACCACAGUUUUGUUAAUUGCUUAAAUAAAGCUUUAAAACCAUAGACAAACCAAAAUAGAACUAGGACUGAAAGUAAGAUUGAGGAGUAGGACUGAUAAGUGACUGCUCAUCUCUCUAUAUAUAAAUAAAUAUAUAUAAAGAAAAAAGUGAAGAAAGUGUAAGCAGAGAUGUUUGGUUUUUUUUCUUGGCUGGGCUGGCUUUAAUCAGGUUCAGUUCCCUUUGUCUUCACAGCUAUAUAAAGCUUUGCUUUGGGGUAGGGAGGUAAUGGUUUGGAUCAAAGGUAGGACUGGUGCUAUAAGCUGUGGUGUUAGCUCAAGCGUACUCUGAAAUGGCCAGAGUUACUUGGCUUUGAAAGGCUAAAGGAUAAUUUUAUGUAGGUGUUCAUUUACUGUACCUGGAAAGCAGGGAGAGCCAUGAUCUCAACCCACUGAGAAAACUAACUGAAGAAAGUUGCUGUAAUGUCUUCCCUGGGCAGCCUUAAUAUUCUUCUGAAAGUGAUCAAACAAAAUUCAGGAUGACUGCUUUCAGUCAGAGAUAUUAUGUAGUUACGGAUGACAGCCUAUCCCUUUUAUCUACAUGCUGGGGAGGAAUCUUUGUCUGAUUAGGCACAGAAUAAUAGCCUUUUCACUGAAUGGACCUGGUUGCCAGGACUGAAUAGCUUCAAGUUGGUGAAAGGUAUUUUUAGUGUUAAUGAAAGAGAAUUGUAAUUCCUUUUUCAUAACUUGCAGCGCUUAGAAAGCCUGUAAAUUUUUCAUGUGUUAUGAGAAAAUACUAUCUGCAGCAAGUUACAUUUAUUUUGUGCCAUGUCUUGGGAGUUUCUAAGCACUGUUGCAGCUGAUGUUGAAUAGGGGAGAGCACUGAAAAGACUAUUGUUGUCAGGAGAAUCUCCUAGUCUUACUGUGAAAGGUAUCCUUGUGCCUAUUAGGAUAUUGUAACUGCAACACAGUGCAAAGUGCACUUAGACAUUUUGUGUCUGUUCAGUUGCUGGAUGUAAACAGUUCUGUGUAAUCAAACUUUCAUAAUGAGGUAGCCUUUCUUAUUUUUUGUAUAAAACUUCUUUACCAUCUGAGACUUCUGCUCUGUCAUUGCUCUUUUGGUUCAUUCUAGGAAUUCACCCCAGUAUUUAGUCUAAUACCAUAUCUUGUAGAGUGUGCCUUCAUUAACGUAGGAGUAAGUACAUUGAUGUUUUCCAGCUGCAGGCCAUUUAAACCACAAAUGGGUAAGAAGGGAGAAGUUGGUCCAGCUUUCUUUUCCCAGGGUACAAAGAAACCAUACAGCUCUGUCUUACUCUUCUGCCUUCAAGGCUUUUGAUACCAGUAUUCAAAGCAUACCCUGAAGGUAUAUCUGAAAAGACCCAGAAGCAGAGCACUGUUGCUCUUCAUUUUGGUUAAGAUAAACAGGACUGUGAGGGUUUUUUGUGAUGUAUUCAGGAGUUGGAAGAGACUGGGAUGUUUCCCCUUCAUCUGUUAAGCUGGUAGAACAUCUCAUAAGUAUUAAAUGUCAGUAGUGAUGAUGUUCCUUAGUCAAGGUAGAUUUUAUAUUCGAUGCCAUAAGAUGCGAUUGUGCAUUCUCAUCAAUAUUCUCCAAUGUUCCCACUGGUUCAGGCUGCUGAGGUUAAUCAAUGUUAGGAAAAUCACUUCUUUAAAGCAGCAUGGGAGUUCUUGUGGCUGCAGAAUUAGUUUAGUUGUAUGAGUGCCACUUGCUAUUGCUAUGCCUCCCGCAACACAGGGAGUGGGUUUUUUUCCUGAUCUUCACAAGAUAUGCAUUGCUGUGGAACAGAAAUCUGAGUUGCAAGUAGAGAAAUUUUGCCAUGGGGAAACAAAGAGGAUGCUGCUUUCAAUGUUAGUCGCUUUGAGCCAGAAUUGUUCCCCUUAUUAUCUUUGUACCAUUGCCAACGAGUUCUGUUUUGGCCAGGUUAUCAUGGCAUUUCUUAGGGUUUGGCUUUUGCGGUGCAUAUAAAGAGAAAUGCAAAUACUCAUCAGUCUGCAACAUUUCCCCCCAUCUCAGUCUAUUUUAUUGUGUGCUUGCUUGGAUGUAAAUGAAUGCUGUCACCUGUCUUUGAGUAGCCAGCCAUUGCAUGGGACAUCUGGCUUUGCUAUUUCAAAGGCUGAUGUUCUCCCCAUCAAUUAUAAUGAAAAUGGCAUUAUUUCAAGACCUUCCUGAGGACAUAGCUUGUCUUUCUCCUCUCUGAACUCAGGCUGUACUCAGUACUCAGGUUCUAAGAGCAACUUUGUAUGUAUCAGCCAGUUGUUGAUACAAACAGCCUGAAAAUGUUAAUAGUAGUGGGAAAGAAACUGUUGCCACUUCUCUAUGUUUCAACUAUAGUUAAUUUUGCUAA